CCUUUUCUUUCUACCGUUGUUUGCCGGUCAAUACAUUUCAAUGCUAGGACCCACUUUCAUACUACCACCCUCUUCUUCCCCUUUCAAAAACCCACUGCAAAUCUUUCAUAUUUUCCGAUAAUCUAACCCUACUCACGGCCUUCCGAUGCAAUGCCGUCGUUUCAUAACUAAAUACUCUCUGUAACAUAUAAUCUUUUGCAAUAUCCACCGGUUCAACAAAUCAGGGUUUUCUUCACACUUAUUCGGAAUUCCGACGGUCACUUUUGCGAUCAUCUGUCCCUUAAGGAGAAUGGGUCGGAAGCAAAAGAAAAAGAUAAACACGGACUCGUUGAUGAAAGAGGCCUCCGUGUUUUCAAAUCACAGUGCACCUGCAAGAAAUUUGAGAAAGACUGAUCUUGGUGCUGUUAUAUUUGGAGCUACACACAACACAAUCAAUGAAUGUCUUUCUCGUCAGUUAUUUGGUUUACCAGAGGGUCACUAUUCAUAUAUAAAGAACAUCAAAGAAGGACUUGUGCUAUUUCUUUUCAAUUAUAGUGACCGAAAACUUCAUGGUGUAUUCGAGGCUGCGGGUCAUGGUCAAAUGAACAUUGAUCAGUAUGCAUGGGUCGAUGAUGGAGAUGGUACCGGAUACACUAGGUAUCCUGCACAGGUCAAGAUCCGUGCUAGAAAGUUGUGUAAUCCGUUGUCUGAGGACCAGUUCCACCCCAUUAUUGCUCAUAACUACUAUGAGAGCAACCACUUCUAUUUCGAGUUGGAUCAUGAUCAAACUGACAAGCUGGUGUCAUUGUUUACAUCAUCGGCGAAGGGUGGUAUUUCAAAAAAGUGGAACACUCUUUAUGCCUCUUUACCUAAAGUUUCCGAAAGACAAGAAUACAACGUUCAUGUAUCACAAGGAGUGACCGAUCUAAGGCAGAGAUUACCUGAGAACCUAUAUGAGACCUCAAAGGUUUCAUAUGCAUCCGCCCUUUGCAGAACCGGUAAUACCACCACUAACGCUUCUAGUUCCCAACCUGUAGGAGAAUGGCGGGCAUUGUUUAAAUCUGAUCACGGUGCAGACACGUGGGAAGAAAGUCAUUGGGCUGCCGCAGAUGAAGUCGAUUGUGAUCAAACAUGGGCAUCGGACUUUAAUCCUCAAGCAAACACCGCUACUAAUGAAGUUGACGUCAUGGUAGGAAAUACAUGGGAGGAAAGUCAUUGGGCUGCCACAGAUGACGUCAGAUGUGAUCAAACUUGGACAUCAGACAUAAAUCCUGAAGCAAACACCGCGGUGAAUACAUUGGAGGAAAGUCAUUGGGUUGCCACUGAUGAAGCCGAAUGUGAUCAUACAUGGGAAUCUGAUCUAAAUCAUGAAGCAAACACCGUUACAAAUAAAGCUGAUGUUAUGCUAGGUAAUACUUGGGAGGAAAGCCAACACAUUGCUGCUACAUGUGCAGUUCAACAUGGUCAGACCGACAAUAUUUUAGUACCGAAAGGCGUUGAGACUGACACUGAUCUACACUCGUUGGUGGCCAAAUUAAUGCAAGAAUUUGAAGUGAUGAAGGGAUCACAAGUGAAGCAGAUUGUGAAAAUCAAUCGUCUAGAGCAAGAAUUGGAAACGUCAAAACUAGAAAUUCAGCAGCUUAAAAACCAAGUUAGAAUUUUGGAAUCUGGAUCACGAUCAAUUGUAGAUCCCGUCGAAGCGGACAAUCAGCUAUCCAGCAAAUUUCUGACGAGGUUUACCGACUCUGUCUUCAUUGUUGGGGGACAUGACGGGUCCUCAUGGCUACCAGCUCUAGAUUCCUAUUUUCCCUCUCACGACAUCAAAAUUUCACUUACUCCUAUGAAUUUUAUAAAGAGCUACGCCUCUGCUGCAACUUUGAACGGUGAAAUUUACCAUUUUGGCGGUCACGGAUCUCACACAGUCGAAUCAUUUAACCCAACAAACAAUCUAUGGAUUCCGAGACCCCCGUUAUAUUGGAAAAACAUAAAUGCCGCCGGAGCUUCAAUCAAAGACAAACUUUUCGUUGUUGGUGGUGCUAAGGAAUCUCACUAUUCUUCAGAGGUGGAAUACCUCGACUUAAAUAUCGGAAAGUGGCUUCCUGCUCGUUCAAUGCAAAGCAAGAGAUUAGCUCCUGCCGCAGCGGAACUGAAUAAUGUGUUGUAUGUAAGUGGUGGAUAUGAUGGAGUAUCUUAUACAAGUUCUGUUGAACGAUUCGAUCCCCGUGAAGAAUUUUGGUGCAAUGUUCCGAACAUGAAUGCAAGGAAGGGCUGCCAUUCUAUGGUUGUGCUAAACGAGAAGUUAUACACUGUUGGUGGGUUUGGUGGAGACCGGGAUUUAGCAACGGUCGAAUAUCUAGAUACACGAAUGGGUGCUUGGGUGGAAGCCGAGCCUAUGAAUGUCUCUAGAGGCAAUUUUGCGACCUUCGUGUUCGGGGGAAUGAUGUAUACCGUUGGUGGACGGAAAGAUAAUGUUGAAGUUUUGGACAUUGUUGAAUGUUAUAAAGAGGGAGGUUGUUGGGAAGUUGCUGCUAAUCUCAAAGCAAUUGGGAAAAGGAGUCAUUUCUCUGCGUUUGUGAUGUGAGUUUUUGUUGGUACAAUGCUUAAUUAAGCGAGUAUGGAUUCGGCUUUUGUUUUCGUUUUUGGCGAGUGGUGAUGAUGUGUUGUGGCUCUGCUUAGAAAAGAUCUUUUGAUGAAGUAAAUACUUUUGUGAAUUGACAAACAUAGCAACAUCUGCAAAUUGAUGUUUAAUGUGAUAUCUGGAUGCGUUUUUUGUGUUU